AUGUCUUCUGAGAGAGGAAGAGAAGGAGUGAUUUUAAGGACGAGAGGGCAGAAAAGAAGACGGAUGAUUUGGGAGUUUCGAGAUUCUUUGUUGUGGGAUGUGGUCGUGAAGUGCGACGAUAUUUGUUUCACUCAUAUCUUGCCGAAACUGAAUUCGAACGAUGUGAAGUUUUUGUACGAGGUGAAUGGUGAGACGAGAAAGUUGAUGAAGAGAUCGUCUCGCGAGAGCGAUUUGAAGAAGAGUUUCAUGGUCAAAGAUAUGUCGUCGAUAUCGACGUUGGAAGUUGCGUGGGAGCAUAAAUCGUUGUGGUCGGGUGACUUAGAAGACGAAAGAUCUUUCUGCUGGGAAGUUGCUUACACGAAUAAACUCGAGUUGCUCAAGUGGAUACGAGAGGAGAAAAAGUGUGAAUGGGAUUAUAGGACGAUUAGAGCGGCCGUAGACCAAGGUAAUCUGGAAAUGGUAAAGUAUUGCGUGGCAAAUGAGUGUCCUCUUGAUGCGGGAACGUGUGCAUGUGCUGCCUUAGAAGGUCAACUCGAGUGCCUCAAAUACUUACACGAAGAAGUCAAAGCGCCUUGGGAUUCGCUAACUGCCCGAUGGGCGGCUUUAAAUGGUCAUCUUCACAUACUCGAAUAUCUUGUCGAGCGUAAGUUUGAUAAAUAUAGCGGAUUUGAGUGUCAGUUUGCGGCCGAGAAAGGUCACUUAGACUGUGUGAAGUACUUACACGAAACCGCCAAAGCGCCGUGGGACGAGGACGCCGUAAUAUACGCACACAACAACAACCAAACCGAAUGUUUAAAAUACCUCCUCGACAAUAACUGUCCUCUCCCACCUGGUUGGUCUUACAAAGACGGAGAGCUCCACGUGCCAGGCCAUUCAGAAUAA